GAAAUUUCAUUUACAUUUUAUAAAAAAAACAUACAGAGAGUUGAGUAAUUAUGAUGGAAUUCUUAUCAAUAUGCCUAUAAAUUUAAUGACCAAUAAAUUUUUAGCUAUUUAGUUUCCUCUUGUACAUUAAUUCAAACAAAAAAGUGUGUGUUAUAUCUAAUGUACACGUGAAACUACGUAUGCUUUCAUCAUUCAUAAACAUGAAUGUAUUAUUAAUAGCAAACUACUAAAAUGAUACAGUCAUUUAUUAAUUACUAACAUUUGUAGCUAAAAAUUGAAAAUACUUAAUGUCAAUUAAAGUUUUACAUGUACUUGUAUGGAUGUAAAUAUGUAUGUUCACUUGCAGAAAGAAGUUUUUUCAGUAUGUAACCAUGAUAUUGUGUAUGUUGUUCCAAGUGUUAUGUCAUUAAUUUAAUCUGUAGAGCGAUAGAUACACGUAAAUAUUAUCGAAAAGCUCUAGGAUAAAAAUACUUCCACCUCAUAGUUCUUCAGGUUUAUGCGUGGUUUAUUAAGUGAUUCGAUUUUGGGAUGAUAACUGACUUCGAAAAUAAAAAGUAGAACAAAAGCAAUGUUAAACAACUAGAGAAAAAAACUAUCAGAUGUUUUGUUGGGAUAUAAGCUCCAGGAUUAUUAAAAUACUCAGUGAUUGCAAUCUCAAACGGUUCACUAGAUAAGAUAUUAUGUUAUGUUUGGUCACAGAACUCUUAAUAUUCACAAUAAAGUUUAUUAUCAUAAAAAACUGGUCUAUUUGUUCCAAAGCAAAAUAAUUCCAAGUAUUGUUUUUAAAACACUAUUGAAUAUCCGUCAAAAUAAAUCAAAUGUAUCGCUUACGCACAGUGUUUGAAAAUUGAGUAGACUGGAAUAAAUAUGGAGGCUCCCGAACCAUGAUAUGGUAUUAGUUCUUGAAAUCAUUGGUUGUUUUACUGAACCAUUUAGAUAGAUGUAAACUAUUUGGUUGGAGUUCAUGUGAUUAUUGUGAGCGAUAAUUGAAGACGUUGUAUGAUAUGGCUCAGAAUCGGUCGCAGAUGGCCCAGAUUAGUCCACUAUUUAUCUUCCCUUAAAUCGUGAAUCGCUUUGCCGAAACCUAACCUACAGUUGAAGAACAUAUGGAACUCAAAACAAAUUUCAACCAAUAUCAAAGUGAGAAUCUGCAAUACGAAUGUCAAGGCAGUUCUACUGUACGGAGCUGAAACUUGGAGAACUACAACAACCAUCAUCAAGAAGGUGCAAGUAUUUAUAAAUAGCUGUCUACGCAAGAUACUAAACAUCCAUUGGCCGGAUACAAUCAGUAACAGCCUUUUGUGGGAGAGAACAAACCAGCUUCCAGCUGAAGAGCAAAUUAGGAAAAGACGAUGGAAAUGGAUAGGACAUACACUACGCAAAUCGUCGAACUGCAUCACGAGACAAGCCCUAACUUGGAAUCCUGAAGGAAGGCGGAAAAGAGGAAGGCCAAAGAACACAUUACGUCGGGAAACAAAAACAGAUAUAAAAAGGAUUAAUAACAACUGGAAGGAGCUGGAAAGGAUUGCCCGGGACAGGGUUGGAUGGCGAGUGCUGAUGAGCGGUCUAUGUUCCUUCACGUGGAGUAACAGGCGUAAGUAAGUAAGUAAGUAAGUAAAAUAGCAAAAUGUUGCUUUGGCUAAUUGAUAUAUACUUACUACAAUGAUUAAAAUAUCAAGAACAAAGGUUUGUAGAUGAACUCUGUAAAUAAUAGUGUAGGAGAGCUUUAAGUUACACCGCAACCAUUAAACAUAUAACCAUAUUAUUAAUAUGACCAAUAAUAAUAAUAAUUACAAUGAGAAUAAUCAUAAUAAUAAUUGAUCAUUAAUACUCUUGUUUUACUAAAAAAAUUUUAAUGAGAGUAAACAAAUAAGACAACUUAAACAAUAAUUGACUUUAAAUAAAAUAAAAUUUUCUUUUAUGAGUGUGGUGGCUUAAUGGUUAGAAAAGGCAGAACCUUCGACUAACAGUCUACAGCUUCGUAUCUACCUACUCAUACAUAUAUUUCAGUUUAAUCAAUCACAUUGUAUUAGUAACUCUCACAUAUUAAUAAUGUGUAUUUUAAAUUUAUGUUUCAUAAAGUUAAUAUUUACUUUUAAGUAAUUCUCGUUUUUCCUAAAAAUAAAAUUUAUUAUCAUUUUAGAAAUUUCAGUCAUCUGACGAAAAUGGUCAAACGCGAAGUACUGUUUACGCUUCAACUGUUGAAUUGGAAAAGGAAAUAAACAAACUGAAAAUAGACCUUGAACUAAGUAAAGGUGCUCUGUUAUCACAACAGCAGUCGUCUAAAGCAAAAGUUCAACAAUUAAAUAAUGAAAAUGGAAAUUUAAGAAGACAAUUGGAAAAUUUACAACUUAAAACUGGACAAUUAUUAGAAGAAAAUAUGCAUCUUCUACAGAAGAAUACAAUGUUAGUCUGUUCACCUACAUAUGAAGAACGAGUAGAAAAAUCACCUGAAAUAACCAAUUCAGAUAAAAGUACCAAGUUUUAUCUGAAUAAAAAUUCACUGGAGAAGUUAACUGAUCAAGACGUUCCACUUACAUCAGAAGGCAUUCUUUAUGUACUAGAAAAUCAAAUUAAAUCACAAUUUCAUGAUAAAAGAACGUCAUUGCCUGAAAUAAAAACAAAUUUAAAAGAUGCUUCUAUUUCUCAGAAUGGAUUUCAAUUAUUUUUCAGUCGUUUACGUUCAUCUAAAUUAGAUAAGAUUUUAAACGUUCAACAGCAACAAGAACGGUCUCAUAAAUCUUUUUAUAUUGAAAAAGAUAGUCAGUGCGAUUUUAAUUCAUUCAUUCAUCAAAGUCCCGGUAUUCGUGAAAUCUCUGUCCCUUUAAAAUGUUUGUGUGUAAAUGAUUCAGAUGAAGUUUGUGAAUGCGCUCGAACUACUGUUAAUGUUCAACGACAACUUUUACAGUAUAAGUGCCAGCUUUCUGAAAUGACAAAAAAAAUCAAACAACUUGAACUAUCUGAAGACGCCCAUCGACACGCAUUAAAAGAACAAUACGAAAGAAACAAACACAUGUCUGUUCAACUGACCGGAAUUCUCCCAUACACAUCUGAAGAAUUAUUGAACUGUAAGUGGCAUUUAUUAACAUUGGUCAGAAAGGAUUUAUUAAGGAACUACUCAAUUAAGUCAGUGAGUUUGUGAAACUAUAUAGUUUGAAAUCGAUUGGCAUUGUUAUGGUAUAAUAAGUAUGACAACGUUAGGUAAAACUGCUAAUUGUUGGUUUGAAGUCUGUAGAUUUAUUGGCUGAAGCCUUGGGAAUUUCGUAGUUUAGUGAUUGCAUUGCGCUUACGGAAAUAAACUCGUUAUAUUCACUUUAAACAACAACUAUUAUCUCGUUAACUCUUUAGUUUUUUAUCGUAGAAGUCAUAAGUGUAUUAAAUCUCAGUCUGUAACGUAGAAUGAUGCAAAACGGCUGAUCUGUACUUUUGAGAAAUUUAAUGAGUUAUUUUGUUAGUCCCAUUGACACUUCGAAUGAAUUUUGCAUUGUACAAGGAUAUUUUGUACCUGCGUAAAAAGUGAUUUAAAGUUAAAAUACAUUAGUUGUAUUGCCGCACAAUAAUAAAAGACCUUUCAAUCUUAUAAAGAUGGUGUAGUUUCAACGAGACAUUUUAAUACUUCUUAUAAUGGCGAGAAAGUAAAUAUUGCCGUAAGAAAAAUAAAACCACCCUCUCUCUUGAACUUCUGUUUGUAGAAUAUGAAAACGUUGUGCGUUAGAUAUUGGUACUGAGUUGUUAGCUAGUCUCUGUGGUUUAUUUGUCCUAUUUUAUAGCGUGCUUGUGAUGAUUGUUGAUGCAAAAUUGAGGCAUUAGUAAGAAUGCACGCUACUGAUUUACAAAAUCAUUGAGGUACACAUGAAGGAUUAAAGGACUGUUGGAUACAUUUCUCGAUACCUACAACUAUAAAAUGUACCGUACUUUUCCUUUACAUAAAACUUAGAAAUUUAGAUAAGUUUUUAAAGAUCAAUCUGUCAAUACAUAUUACCACUUCAAUGAUUAGAAGCCAUCAUUUUUGGACGGAAAACAUAUCCUUGAACGAAUAGGCAUAUAACAGUCAUAAUUUAUACAAAAUCAGCACAAAUAUUUUGUGAAAUAAGUUACACAAGUUGUUUCCAUUUUUAAACAGGAUUUGUGUUUAAAUCGGUUUUGCAUAUCCGAAAUACAAUAUGAUUUACUUGAAUUACAACCUAGAAAUUUAUCCUAGUAACUUUCCACUUUUAAUUAUGUAACACCCAACUGACAAUUUCGAGUAGUCUCUGUCAUUAUUCAUAAUCUUUCUUGGAAAAAUUAAAUUAAGGUCUUUAUGAGGACUAAUCCAAGUAUUGCUUGUGAAAACUAUGGUCCUCACAUACAAGCACUAUUCCUAGAUGGUUGGCAUGAUAAAUUUACGUUUUUUCUACUUUCAUUUGUCACGAUUGUGCAAUUAAUGUGUUGUGUAUGCGGUUGUAUUUCUUAAUUGUUAAAAUCCUAAUUUUCUGGGAUGAAAUUAGUUGUGUUGUCCAAAUAUAUAUAUGUGAUCAUUUGUGCUACCUUCUCAUGAUGAAUAAUUUCCUGUUAAUAGAUAGUUGUACACUACAAGGUUCUAUGGAAUUAUCGUUCAAAAAUAUUUAAAAUUACAAUAUAUGCGUAGGCCAAAACUGUUUUGCUAAAAAGAACUUCCGUUUCACAGUAGUUUUGUUGUAUAAUAAAAUGGAAAAACGUCUAUAUUUCGUUUUAAUAGCCGAUAUCUAUUCAGUAUGACCUGUUCACUAAUAAAAAUCAAUAUUACAUAAUUUUACAUUACAAAGUCGAUAAUUUUAUUUAAUAAUCGUGUCAUACACAACAUUAUAUGUUACUGAAGUACUUAUCUUCACAUAUUUACCAACUAUUUCGCAUUCCAUAAUGAUCAUCCUAUUUAAAUAAAUUUGUCUGGUUUAACUAUAAUAAAUCAGAAAAUGAAACUAGGUAAAAUGAUUAAGCUAAUGCUUUUAUGAGACAUAUUUUAUGUAGUUUUAAAAAAACAUUCAGUUUUGUUUGAAAGAUAAAACUAUUUCGGGUUCAUUAAAAUACUCGUAAGAUUAAUGUUUUACCACACCAUAAGAUUAAAAUAUUAUCCCGCAGCUUGUUGCGUUAAACUUCAAACAGAAACUGGUAACGCCGUCUAUAAAAAACAAUAGAAGCUUCUCAAAGAAUCCAACACCGCCAAUGGGUAUGUGUGGUCAUAUUUGAAUGAUAUUUUAGUGAAGUAUGACUGGGGUUACUAGUCACUUGUUCACAUUGAAAUGCGCUAAAGAUUCUCCAGGAGUAUCUGAGUUAUAGUGCAAGACUCACUGAAGUAAAGAUAUUUAUGGAUUUUAUAAGUGAAUAUGUCGAAAUGAACCAGCAUGAAGACCUACUGGGAAGUACUCCGACGUGAGUCGAACCAAGCGGAAAAAUAUUAAAACGUCAUCUUUUCAAUCAAAGGGACUCAAUUAAAUCGUAUACCAUAUAACUGAUGUUUCUAGGAGAUCUUCCGCCGUCGAAGUACCCAUUCUAGCAUACGUGAUCCAGCUAGUGAACGCAAAGAUAUGGAAAACCCAUUCAGUUGGUUUUAAGCCAAGAAAACCGGCCCCCAAGAACGAAAUUACUCCGAAAUCCAAGUCACUAUGUUCAUAAAAUUUUGAAUGUUGGUCUGAAUGUGAAUGAUUUGAAAGCGUUAUCUUUUAGCCAGGAGGUUUAUGCUAGUUGUACCAGUAAUAAUAAAGGUUGAAAUACACGUUCAGUUCGAAAACGUUCACUCACAAUCAUCAGAUUCGAUACAUUCGACUGACGAAUAUUUAGAGAAACGUGAGUCUACUUUACUUACUUACUUACUUAUGCCUGUUACUCUCAAUGGAGCAUAGGCCGCCGACCAGCAUUCUCCGACCCACUCUGUUCUGCACCUUCCUUUCUAGUUCCAUCCAAUUCUUGUUCAUUUUUCUCAUGUCUAUCUCCAUUUCCCGGCGUAAUGUGUUCUUUGGUCUUCCUCUUCUCCUUUGGCUUUGAGGAUUCCAUGUAAGGGCUUGUCUUGUGACGCAAUUGGGUGCUUUCCUCAAUGUGUGUUCUAUCCACUUCCAGCGCUUCUUCCGGAUUUCUUCCUCUGAUGGGAUCUGGUUUGUUCUUUCCCACAGUUGGUUGUUGCUAAUAAUGUCCGGCCAACGGAUCCGAAGUAUUUUGCGUAGACAACUGUUAAUAAACACCUGUAUCUUCUGGAUGAUGGUUUUCGUAGUUCUCCAGGUUUCCGCCCCAUACAGUAGAACUGUCUUGACAUUUGUAUUGAAAAUUCUGACCUUGGUGUUGGUUGAUAGACAGUUGGUUUGAGUUCCAGAUGUUCUUCAGUUGUAAAUAUGCUGUUCUUGCUUUACCGAUCCGCGCUUUCACAUCUGCAUCAGAUCCACCAUGUUCAUCAAUGAUGCUGCCCAAAUAUGUAAAGGUUAUUACAUCUUCCAAAUCUUCUCCGUCAAGUGUGACUGGAUUGGUGCAUUCUGUGUUGUAUCGGAGAAUCUUGCUUUUCCCUUUGUGUAUAUUGAGACCUACUGCUGCUGCUGCUAUACUGGUCGUUUUCUCUUGCAUUUGUUGUUACGAUUGCGAUAGGAAGGCCAGAUCAUCUGCGAAGUCUAGAUUGUCCAGUUGCAUCCUAGAUGUCCACUGCAUCCCGCGUUUCCCUUCAGAUGUUUACAUCUUUAUGAUGCAGUCUAUCAACAGGAGAAGGAGAAAGGGUGAGAGUAGGCAACCUUGCCUGACACCGGUCUCUAAUUCGAACGAGUUUGUCAACUGUCCUCCAUGCACGAUUUUGCACUUUAAUCCAUCAUAGGAAUUCUAUAUGAUAGUGACUAUCUUCUCAGGCACACCGUAGUGUCGAGGAAGCUUCCAUAGUGUUGUCCUAUCCACUCUGUCAAAUGCUUUUUAGUAGUCAAUGAAGUUGAUGCAAAGUGAUGAAUUCCAUUCAAUUGAUUGUUCCACACUGAUAAAUAGUGUUCCCAUUUGGUCUGUACAUGAUCAAUCCUCACUGAAUCCUGCCUGUUGGUCUCGAAGUUGGGAGUCUACAGAGUCCUUCAGUCUGUUUAACAAUACCAUGUUGAAGACUUGUCCUGGUAUUGAGCGAAGAGUGAUGCCCCUGUAGUUAUCACAGUUGCUGAGAUCGCCUUUCUUUGACAUUUUGUUCAGAAGUCCUUCUUUCCAGUCUGUUGGUACUUGUUCCUCAUCCCAAAUCUUAUUGAAGAGAAUGUGGAGUAUCCUUGCACUUGCCGCUACGUCUGCUUUCAGUGCCUCUGCUGGAAUGUUGUCCGGUCCUGCUGCUUUGCCACUAUUGAUUUGUUUGAUGGCCAUGCUGAUUUCUUCAAUUGUUGGUGGGCCAACAUUGAUUGGGAGGUCCGUGGGUGCUGCUUCGAUAUUGGCUGGGUUCAGUGGGGCUGGUCGAUUCAAGAGUUCUUUGAAGUGUUCUACCCACCUGUGAGUCUACUUUAUUGGAUUGUUAUUAUAACGAUGCAAACUGUAAGUAACCUAAUAAUUGUGAUUCUAGUAAUUAACUAACCUGACACGGCAUCAGUAUUUCUUACAGACAAAAACAGUAUAUAUCGAAAAGAUGCAUACACUAGUCGGUGUCCAUCGUAAAUUCCAAUUCUUUUCUAAAAAUGACCACAUAGAAAAUUCAGGGUAACAAGUGACACAAUCAACAAAUAGCUUGCAAGAAACAUGUUUAAUUUACCACGAAUUUUAUGUAACUCUCUGUCCAACUGGUACAGUGAAAUCCAAACAUUUUCGUACGUCAAAAGUAUACAAACAUGGCUUAACAUUUCGUCUAUUACUCGAUAUGUUAAAUUUAUCUUACCAUGAAUAACAGAACUCAUAAAGCCACUAUCCAAAAUACUCGUAGAAUGUAAAACAUGGAUUUGAGUUGAUCGAUAGAAUUAAAAUCUUUAAGGUGAACAAGAAAUUUAUGUAAUCACUUGUUUUUUUUAUUUCUAUUCACGAAAAUGCUGCUAUUGAUAAAAGCUGUUGAUUUCAUAUGUGGUAAGUUGUAAAAUUGAGGUAUGUAAAUUGGCAUACUCCUUUUCUCUUUAGAAAAAAAUGGACAUGGUAAUGUGCCGUACUUACGUGGCUUAAAAAAUAAGCACAUUAAAAAUAAACUACACUAAAGAUCUAAACUUUAUUCUUCUUUCCAUGAUAAAUACAACAUUGACAUAACUUUGAUAAUUUAUCUGUGAAAAAACAAUUUAUUGUCAUUUCCUUUAUUUUCAUUUUGUUUUAUUUCUUCGCUAUAAUUCAAGCUCCAAAUUGUGCAUUAUCUUCUCAGUGUUCACCAACAGUAAGGAAUUCACUCAAAAAAUUCGAUUCUAGAAAAAAUAAAUCAACAAUUUCACAAACAUUAUCCUCUACAGAAUCGUUUCAUAAUUUAUUAUUAUGGUUUCAUAAAAUUUUAAAAGCAAUUUCAAUUUCAUUGAAAAGUUUAUCCUCGUCUGAUAAUCAAUUAAUAUUUGAUCAAGAUAAAAAUAGUUAUAAUGUCAUGGAAUCUAUACACCCUAAAUCGAAAUCUCCAACAUAUAUUAAAAUGUCUACUGGUAAUUCUAUGUCGGAAUGUUUAACACUAUACAAUGAAUCAAAUCGAUGUCAAUAUGAUAAAAAUGCUUCAAUAGAUGGAAUUAAUAAAUUACGUGAUGUUUCAAAUAAAGAACAAAUUAGUUUGGCUACAAAACGAAAAAUAAGUUUGAAAAGCGUUAAGUCUACAUGCAAUUCUAUGCUAUCACAAUUAGACGAUCUAACUAUAAGUGAUAAACUUAUUACUUCAGAUAAUCAUAUAAAGGGAAUAAAUGAUGAACCGAUUGUACAAAAUCAAACAGUUUAUCCACGUAAAAUUUCCAGAUCAUCUUCUAUUCAUGCAAAACAACUUAAGUCUCGAUGUCGAUCAAUGGAACAUGUUUCAUCGCCGAAAUUUUCUGAGGAUGAAAAUAUAAAUACCAUGUUACUGUAUCAGCUUUUACUUCAGAUGAAAAAUGUUGCAGAACUUAUUGAGAAACAAAACCUAAUAUGUGAUAAACGUGUUCGCCGUUCAUCUUCGGUCGUUACAUGAAAUUAUUAACAAGCAAUUCAGUUGGUUUCCUUCUCUAAUGAAAACCGAUUAACAAGUAAUUCCCCAUUACUUAACUUCUGCAAGACUUUAUGUAUAUCACUUCAUUAUUUGCUAAUAAAUGUGUUCCUUAUUCUUGACUCACUUAGUCCUAAACAUUUUUUGCAUGAUUCUCAUAUUUGCAAUUGACUUUACAUUUUAUCAUUUAUUCUUGCAGAUUUGAUUCUCUUAUGUAGAAGUGAUUUUAGCAUGUAUUUUUAUAUUAUUCCACAUGUUAAUUUCAUUAAGAUGGUAUUCAAUCCCUUAAGAUGAUAUGGUAGUUCAGAGGUGAAUGUAUUACUUCACGAAUCUACAAUGUAUUGAGAUUUUGCGUGCAUGUGCAAAUUCUAAAUAUGUGCAUCUACUGAAUACUUUUAAGUAGUAUAUAGUUAUUUAAAACAAAACAUGUACAGGUUCGUAUACUAUUUUAAAUCAGUACAGUAAAAGGAAGUGACCAAGAGGAAGAAUAACAGUAGCGGAAAAAAUAGGAAGAGGAGGAAUAACUGGAUAAUUCUAAAUUUCGUGGAAUCACUUUAACACAGUAAGAAUAUAACGGACGAUUCAACUGAUCAACGUCAAGAAAAUCAUUAACAAUUAUGUGCAAUAAACAGGCAACUCAGAAAAAAGAUACAAAUUAUUAUUGAAAACUCUGAAACAAACUUCGGGAGGUGAAAAUAUCGAUAACCGCCUGAUCAUAGAUUAAAUACUUUAAAAUCUGGAUCUUCAUUAAUUUGUGUAUUCUGAGAUUUGUACGAAAUGAUUAUGUACAAAUAUUUCUAAAUUGUUUGAAGAAAUGAUGGUUGACGCUUCAUAAUUUCUUGCUUUAAAACCAUCAUGAUGUUAACUUCAACGCGAUCAUCUUCAUAAAAAGUUAUCUAGAAUAAAGUACUGAUCUCAUAC